AUGUGAUUUGUCUAUGCUCCUUAUGUGGCAACCACAAGCUGCUGAAAUAAUUGUUGAAAGGUCAAUGAAACAGUGAAAAUAUAAUAUAGGGAUAUAGGUGAAAUAUUAAUAAUUGUUAAAUAGCAUUGUCUUUUUGAAAUAACAUAGAAAAUAUUGAUUUACAUGAAACGUGUUACAUGGAAAUGUGGUUUAAGAUUUGCAUUGUGAAGUGACAUUAGCAAAAUGGUCGAGACGAUAGCGAGUACCGAUAAUGUCAAGUGAUAGAAGUUAAUAGAUACAUGAAUUAUCAAACUUAAUAAAAGUUUGAAUAGUCUUUUUAAAAUAUACUUUCCAUGCUCUGAAUAUCGUGACUUUUAAAGUCUCUGCAAACUAACCAUGUUAAACGAUGUACCAAAAAGAACACUGAAAAGCUCGGAAUCAACAGAGGCUGAUGUCCGGGAAGAUGAGGAACAAGCAAAAAAGUUUCAGGAUAUAAUCGACUUACUUUUAGCAGCAGGAUAUUUUCGAGCUAGAAUUAAAGGUUUAUCAAAUUUUGACAAGGUAAUUGGCGGGAUGACCUGGUGUAUAGAAUCCUGCAACUUUGAUGUGGAUAUCGACUUAUUAUUUCGCGAGAAUCUAACUAUAGGUCAAAAAAUUUCUUUAACUGAAAAAAUUGUAGCAAUGCUACCCAAAAUGAAUUGUCCAUACCGAAUAGAACCACAUCAGAUUCAAGGUUUAGACUGUAUUCAUAUCUUUCCUGUCAUUCAGUGGUUGGUCAAACGUUCCAUGGAAACCAGAGAAGAAAUGGCUGAUUUUGUUCGAUCCUUUGCACUCAAUCAGUUUCAUAAGAAACAUUCGUUCACUGAAGAUACUGGCAAUGCAACCGCUAUUCAGGAAAAUCUGAUACGAAAUAUCCAGCUGGUUAAAAAAUCAUAUGAACCACGACGUCUUUUCAAACAUAAAGAUGGUUCUGUCAGAGAUGAUUCUACCCGGUUUCUUGGCACAGUUUUAGAAUAUGAAGCUCCUCUGUAUUAUUCUACAAAAAUUUCUGGAUCGCCAACUACAACAGUCGCGGAUGAUACUAAAGAUGCUGAUAGGAAAAACGAAUUAAAAGAAAAAGUGAGAAAGUAUUUAUGA